GGCGGCCUGAACUGGGGGUCCUGGGGCCGGGCCAGGGGGUCCCGGGAGUCCCGACGUGGGAGGUCCUGGCCAGCGGGUGCUGGGGGGGGUCUGGCCACGGUCUCCCGGGGGGCCUGGCAGGGGAUCCUGGGGGGCCCGAACUGGGGGGGUCCCAGGGGCCCUGGCAAUGGUCUCGCAGGGGUCCGGCCCGGCCGGGGUCCCCAGAGCAGCCCUGUCCCCAGGGAACGCGGCGGCGCAGGCCCACGGUGCCGAUCCCUGCAGGCGAUGGGGGCGUCCGAGCCCCCCAACUUCUCGUGGGUGGCAGAGGGGCGGCUGGCGGGCCUGGGCAUGCCGCGGGAGCCGGGGCACUACCGGUUCCUGCUGGGCCAGGGCGUGCGGCACCUGGUGUCGCUGUCGGAGCGGGCACCCCCGCACCACGGCUGCUGCCCGGCCAUCCGGCUCCACCGGCUCCGCGUGCCCGACUUCAGCCCUCCGACACCCGGGCAGAUCCAGAGCUUCCUGCAGCUGGUGGAGGAGGCCAACGCCCGCGGUGAGGCUGUGGCGGUGCACUGCAUGCUGGGACACGGCCGGACGGGCACCAUGCUGGCCUGCUACCUGGCGAAGGCACAGAAGAUGAAUGGCAGCGACGCCAUCUGGGAGAUCCGACGGCUGCGGCCCGGCUCCAUCGAGACGCGGGAGCAGGAGCAAGCCGUGAUCCAGUUCUGCCAGCACGUUCGGUAGGUGCAGCCCUGCAGCAAGGAGUCCUGGCUCUAUGUCACUCCCCUCCCUGGAGGGGCUCCCUGUGCCACGCCGGGGCCACAGCUGGUGGCGUGCUGGGCACAGCGAGCGGGAGGGGAGCUGCGGCUUCCAAAGCCCAGCUCGCCAGUGGGAUCUGCCCUG